GCCUCGGCUCCCGCGGCUACUGCCUCAGCUCCUUCACAGCAACGGCGGCGGCCGCGGCUGCUGAGUUUGUGGCGGCGGCGGCGGCGGCAGCGGCUGCUGGCUGAACGCUGAGUGCUGAGCGGCGAGUUUCCGAUUUAAAGCUGAGCUGCGAGGAAAAUGGCGGCGGGCGGAUCAAAAUACUUGCUGAACAGUGGAGUCAGAGACCAAUAAAAAUAAACUCCUACUUGAACAUCAUCUGACUGGUUAGCCAGAUACCUUGAAGCCACCAUAUUUUUUGGAAUGGGAAUAUCCAAGUGAAAAAUGACAUGUCAGAAGGAAGCAGAACUGUUCUACAAGUUGCUGAUGUAUAUUCACGAUGAGCGGAUUAGGAGAAAACUCCUUGGAUCCACUGGCCCCUGAUUCACGAAAACGCAAGUUGCCAUGUGAUACUCCAGGACAAGGCCUUACCUGCAGUGGUGAAAAGUGGAGACGGGAACAGGAGAGUAAAUAUAUUGAAGAAUUGGCUGAACUGAUAUCUGCUAAUCUUAGUGAUAUUGACAAUUUCAAUGUCAAACCAGAUAAAUGUGCAAUUUUAAAGGAAACAGUAAGACAGAUACGUCAAAUAAAAGAGCAAGGAAAAGCUAUUUCCAGUGAUGAUGAUGUUCAGAAAGCUGAUGUAUCUUCCACAGGACAAGGAGUUAUUGAUAAAGACUCCUUAGGACCACUUUUACUUCAGGCAUUGGAUGGCUUCCUGUUUGUGGUGAAUCGUGAAGGAAACAUUGUAUUUGUGUCAGAAAAUGUCACCCAGUACCUGCAGUAUAAGCAAGAGGACCUGGUUAACACAAGUGUCUACAAUAUCUUGCAUGAAGAAGACAGAAAGGAUUUUCUUAAAAACUUACCGAAAUCUACAGUUAAUGGAGUUACCUGGACAAAUGAGACCCAGCGACAAAAAAGCCAUACAUUUAAUUGCCGUAUGUUGAUGAAAAUGCCACAUGACAUUCUGGAAGACAUAAACACUAGUCCUGAAAUGCGCCAGAAAUAUGAAACGAUGCAGUGCUUUGCCCUGUCCCAGCCACGUGCUAUGAUGGAGGAAGGAGAAGAUUUGCAGUCCUGUAUGAUCUGUGUGGCACGCCGCAUUACCACAGGAGAAAGAGCAUUUCCUUCAAAUCCUGAGAGCUUUAUUACUAGACAUGAUCUUUCAGGAAAAGUUGUCAACAUAGAUACAAAUUCACUGAGAUCUUCCAUGAGGCCUGGUUUUGAAGAUAUAAUCCGAAGGUGUAUCCAGAGAUUUUUUAGUCUUAAUGAUGGGCAGUCAUGGUCCCAGAAACGUCACUAUCAAGAAGCUUAUAUCCAUGGCCAUGCAGAAACCCCAGUGUAUCGAUUCUCUUUGGCUGAUGGCACUAUAGUGACUGCACAAACAAAAAGCAAACUCUUCCGAAAUCCUGUAACAAACGAUCGUCACGGCUUUGUCUCAACCCACUUUCUUCAGAGGGAACAGAAUGGGUAUAGACCAAACCCAAAUACUGUUGGACAAGGCAUUAGACCUCCAGCAGCUGGAUGCAACAGUUCGGUAGGCAGCAUGAACAUGUCGCCAAACCCCAGCUUGCAGAUGCUGAACAGCAGGACCUACGGCUUGGCUGAGCCCGGCACCACGGGGCAGAUGAGUGGAGCCAGGUAUGGGCCUUCUGGUAGCAUAGCUUCAAUGAACCCUGGGCCAGGCAUGCAGUCACCAUCUUCCUACCAGAACAACAACUAUGGUCUCAACAUGAGUAGCCCUCCACAUGGGAGUCCUGGUCUUGGCUCCAGCCAGCAGAAUAUUAUGAUUUCUCCUCGUAAUCGUGGGAGUCCAAAGAUGGCCUCACAUCCGUUUUCUCCUGUUGCAGGUGUGCACUCUCCCAUGGGAUCUUCUGGCAAUACUGGGAGUCACAGCUUUUCUAGCAGCUCUCUCAGUGCCCUUCAAGCUAUCAGUGAGGGAGUAGGGACUUCUCUUUUAUCUACUCUGUCUUCACCAGGUCCCAAAUUGGAUAACUCUCCCAAUAUGAAUGUAAGUCAACCAAGUAAAGUGAACAGUCAAGAUUCCAAGAGUCCCCUAGGCUUGUAUUGCGACCAGAAUCCAGUGGAGAGUUCAAUGUGUCAGUCAAAUAGCAGAGAUCACCUCAAUGACAAAGAAAGUAAGGAGAGCAAUGUGGAAGGACCAGAGAAUCAGCGGGGUCCUCUGGAAAGCAAAGGUCACAAAAAAUUACUGCAGUUACUUACCUGUUCUUCUGAGGACCGGGGUCAUUGCUCCUUGACCAGCUCGCCCCUGGAUUCAAGUUGUAAAGACUCUUCCAUUAGUGCCACCAGCCCCUCUGGGGUCUCCUCCUCGACGUCUGGAGGAGUAUCCUCCACAUCCAAUAUGCACGGGUCACUGCUGCAAGAGAAGCACCGGAUUUUGCACAAGUUGCUGCAGAAUGGGAAUUCACCGGCUGAGGUAGCCAAGAUUACCGCCGAAGCCACUGGGAAAGACACUAGCAGUACACCGUCUUGUGUAGAAGGAAACGUCAAGCAGGAGCAGCUAAGCCCUAAGAGAAAGGAAAACAAUGCUCUGCUUAGGUACCUGCUGGACAGGGAUGAUCCUAGUGACACGCUCUCCAAAGAGCUACAGCCCAAAGUGGAAGGCGGCGUAGACAGUAAAGUGAGCCAGUGCGGCAGCUCCACCAUCCCGAGCUCAAGUCAAGGGAAGGACGCCAAAAUUAAGACAGAAACAAAUGAAGAGGGAUCUGGAGACUUGGAUAAUCUAGAUGCUAUUCUUGGUGAUCUGACUAAUUCUGACUUCUACAAUAAUUCCAUAUCCACAAGUGGUAGUAAUCUGGUAACGAAGCAACAAAUGUUUCAAGGAACUAAUUCUCUGGGUUUGAGGAGUCCACAGUCUGUGCAGUCUGUUCGUCCUCCAUAUAACCGAGCAGUGUCUCUAGACAGCCCUGUUUCCGUUGGCUCAAGCCCUCCAGUAAAGAAUAUUGGUGCUUUCCCCAUGUUACCAAAGCAACCCAUGUUGGGUGGCAAUCCAAGAAUGAUGGAUAGUCAGGAACAUUAUGGCUCAAACGUGGGUGGACCAAACAGAAAUGUGACUGUGAAUCAGACUCCUUCCUCGGGAGACUGGGGCUUACCAAACUCAAAGGCCAGCCGAAUGGAACCUAUGAAUUCAAACUCUAUGGGGAGACCAGGAACGGAUUAUAAUGCUUCUUUACCCAGGCCUGCCAUGGGUGGCUCAAUGCCCGCCAUGCCUCUUCGGUCCAGUAGCAUCCCAGGUGUGAGACCAAUGUUGCAGCAGCAUCAUCAUCAGCAGCAGCAACAGCAGCAGAUGCUUCAGAUGCGGCCCGGUGAGAUUCCCAUGGGGAUGGGGGUCAGCCCUUAUGGCCAAGCAGCACCAUCGAACCAACCUGGUUCCUGGCCAGAUGGCAUGUUGUCCAUGGAACAAGGCCCUCAUGGGACUCAAAAUAGGCCACUUCUUAGGAAUUCCCUGGAUGAUCUCCUUGGGCCACCUUCGAACCUUGAAGGCCAGAGUGAUGAAAGAGCAUUGUUGGACCAGCUGCACACACUCUUGAGCAACACAGAUGCCACAGGCCUGGAAGAAAUUGACAGAGCUCUUGGCAUUCCUGAGCUUGUAAAUCAAGGACAAGCUUUGGAGUCCAAACAGGAUGCUUUCCAAGGCCAAGAAGCGGCAGUAAUGAUGGAGCAGAAGGCAGCAUUAUAUGGGCAGACGUACCCGGCCCAGGGGCCUCCAAUGCAAGGAGGCUUCAAUCUUCCGGGACAGUCACCACCUUUUAACUCGAUGAUGAAUCAGAUGAACCAGCAAGGAGGUUUUCCUCUCCAAGGAAUGCACCCUCGGGCCAACAUCAUGAGACCCCGGACAAACACUCCCAAGCAACUUAGAAUGCAGCUUCAGCAGAGGCUGCAGGGCCAGCAGUUUUUGAAUCAGAGCCGUCAGGCACUUGAAAUGAAAAUGGAAAACCCCACUGCUGGUGGGGCUGCGGUGAUGAGGCCCAUGAUGCAGCCUCAGGUCAACUCCCAGCAGGGUUUCCUUAACGCCCAGAUGGUCGCCCAGCGCAGCAGAGAGCUGCUGAGUCAUCACUUCCGACAGCAGAGGGUGGCGAUGAUGAUGCAGCAGCAGCAACAGCAGCAGCAAACCCAGGCCUUCAGUCCACCCCCUAACGUGACUGCGUCCCCCACCAUGGACGGAGUCCUGGCAGGGCCUGCCAUGCCACAGGCUCCACCCCAGCAGUUUCCAUAUCCACCAAAUUAUGGGAUGGGACAACAGCCAGAUCCAGCCUUUGGUCGAGUGCCUAGUCCUCCCAAUGCGAUGAUAUCAUCAAGAAUGGGUCCCUCCCAGAAUCCCAUGAUGCAGCACCCUCAGACCGCACCCAUGUAUCAGUCCUCGGAAAUGAAGGGCUGGCCGUCAGGAACCCUGACCAGGAACAGCUCUUUUUCCCAGCAGCAGUUUGCCCACCAGGGGAAUCCUGCAGCAUAUAGUAUGGUGCACAUGAAUGGCAGCAGUGGUCCCAUGGGACAGAUGAACAUGAACUCCAUGCCCAUGACUGGCAUGCCGAUGGGUCCUGAUCAGAAAUAUUGCUGACAUCUCUACACCAGGACCUCCAAGGAAAUCACUGUACAAAUGACACUGCACUAGGAUUAUUGGGAGUAAAGAACCAUUGUCUAGGCACCCAGCUUUGAAGAAAGGACCAGCUUUGAUCUCCAUCAGGGGUAUUUCAAGUGAUAUCAUUUGAGCAGGCAGGACUGGAUUUUAAGCUGAAGCGUGAUAUCUACCUGUUAUUUUUCCCUCCUCCUGUGUAUCAUGGUGUUUAAAACAAAUCUUUUUGGCGUUCUGCCUUUUCAGGAUGUGAUUCUGGAGGUACGGAGUGUUACUGAUCACAGAACUGUCCGGUGUCACUUUUUUCUGCUUGGCUAUCUAAAGUCUUUGGAAAAAAUGUAGGUGGGCCAGAGGAACAUUGGAGAAAUCAAGAGAUUAGAACAUCCGGUUUCUUGAUAGUUGCGGUAUUGGGUGAAGAGCAUGGUCCCAACCUCGAGUGUUUUUGUCACUAUCAGGUUCUGUCCCGGGAGUGGGCCUUUCCAAGUUCUCCCUUAAGGAUAGUGUUGAGUUGCUCUGACCCUACUCUUGGUUGUCCUAGGCUUUUUCCUAAAUAGCAUUUUUAUCUGCCCCUAAUGUCCUGUAAUACUUCACCUCCAGGAAUUGUCCUUGGUGUCAGAUGGCUUCGCAGAAGGGAAAAUAGAUGACAGUAUUUAAUUGCAGCAGUCAGUGGCAUUUUUUCAUAUGCUAACGUGCAGCGGAGUGCACUUUAUUUAAAAAGUAAUGGAUAAAUGCAAUAUUCUCGAGGUCUUGAGGAAUGGUGAACCACAUACCUAGUUUUUGUCUAAACUAAUCUGUUGGACAAGAACUAUGAUUUUUGUUGUUGUUGUUGUUGAAAGUACUGGUUUCACCCUUUGCCUAUAUGGUAGAGCAAUAAUGCUUUUUGAAAAUAAACUGCAGAAAACCCAAGGCCAGGUACUGCAUUCUGAAUCAGAAUUUCGCAGUGUUUCUGUGAAUAGAAUUGCUUUUGUAAAUAUGACCUUUAAGAUAUUGUAUUAUGUAAAAUAUGUAUAUACCUUUUUUUGUAGGUCACAACAACUCAUUUUUACAGAGUUUGUGAAACUAAAUAUUUAACAUUGUUGAUUUCAGUAAGUUCAGCAUGGUGAGGUUACCAGCAGAAGUCACCCCCUGAAAUUUGUGACCUGGGGGAUGGGGCAGUGGCCAACAGCUUUUCCUUGCCCCCAGCCUGAGAUGCCUCGCUUGUUUUCAGUCUCUUAAUCUAAAUGCUUUUUAAAGAGAUCAUUUAGAUGUAGACAUUUAAAUUUUUUUAAAAAAUUUCUCUACCAGAACUAAGCACUUUGUUAAUUUGGGGGCAGAGAAUAGAUACGGGGAAAUAAACUUAAAAAAACCCCCAGAUAUCAAGGAUUUUAAAAGAUCAAGCAAUUUGAUUUCAAAGAAGAAUCUUGGAUUUUAAGCAGUCCAUAAGUUAAAUGGCAAUUCAUGGUAUUUUUUUUUUUUUUAAAGUGAAUACGUUGUCUUCUCAUCCAUUUUAGUUGUGCUCUAAGGUUUUGGUUGCUAGGACCUGAGUCCCACAUUGAGAUCUCAGGCGUAGAAUCCUCAGUGUGUGGUUCCUGGUGUCUGCUCAGCUUGUCUUGUCCUUCCACUAUUGUGAUGUUUGCCCCCGAGAAUUGGAGGAGCAGCAUCAUGGUUAUUUCCCGAGGAGUUCAGUCUCCGUAGCAGCCGGUUUCAUGCGAUUCAGAGCCCAGGUCUGACUGGGCGCCUUUGCAUUCCCUCCCUGCUCCGCCCCCGCCCCUUUCUGCUGCUGCCACUUGUCAGUUGGGAAUAGGGAAGACAGUCAAGUGUAACUCCCUUUACCUGGUUUACUUUAUCAGGUUCAAACAGUUGAGUGAAAUUGGCUUUUUGGAUUAUCUAUGAAGUUCGAAGUCUGUUAGCCUCGGUGUCGUUUCCUAGCAAUAACUGAGAGCCAGUUAAAAUUUUUUCACACGUUUAGCCAAUAUUUCUAGGUGUCUCUGAAGGUGAGAUCAUUUAAUUUCUUUGACUUAUGAGUAAGUGAAACCUGUGUUUCCAGAACCACCACUAGAGCGGAUUCGAGUUUCACACUCCCCCCCACCUGGUUAAAAACAAAUCUAAGAUUCAUCCAUCAGCUUCCAUCUGAGUGGCCUCUACUUUUUAGAUAACACGUGCUCUGGUCUGGAGACAGAGGCAGAGCUGAAUGAGAGUCUCUUGUCUUUUUAGACGCAGUUGUAUCAGAUGUAUCUGAACCUUCCUUGUUGAAGUCACACGUGUGUGGGAGAAAUAGAAUGGUGCUCUUACCCUUUCUUGACCUUUGAUUAAAAAGUUUUGUGAUUCUUUUCCUCAGUCAGUCCUGACUCCAGGCUAAGUGGAAGGCAGCACCCCCUUUUUAUAUGGAAGAAAAAUGAAGUUUAUUAUAAGUUUUUAUAUUUUCUACUUGUUCAUUUUAUUGGUGCAAAUUUGAGAUUUUGUUUCCUUUUAAUAGAUGCAGUCUUUGAGAUAAUUUGUUUUUACCUUUAUUCCCGUUUUAUCUUUUUCGGAUAAUUCUCUUUGUACUCCUCUGCCUACCUCUCCUCACCCCUCCUCCCCUCACCCCCACCACUUUUUUAAACCUUAGUAUCUGUUGGGUGAACAGUGUAAGUAAUCAUCUGCUUUUAGAAUGUGAGAUAUUUCCAGUACCUACUUUUUUGCUGAAUCCAAAGAUAUAGAAAUAUAAAUAUAUAUAUAUUUUAUAAAGAUCAAAAUGAUAUAAAGGAGAUACAUUUCUUCCUUUAAAAAAACAAAUAGAAAUCCAUUGUUAAUGUUCAUAUUAUCAUGCCACUUUUCUAAACUGUGCAUCUUGAUGGAAAGGUGUAAAUAUCAAUCAAUAGGACUGCUUACUUAAUCAGUAUUUAAUAUCUAAGGUGAGUUGGGGGUGUGUAGGGGCGGGGUACUACAGAACAUAGCUGGCUUGCUGUCCUAUAAGUUCCUUGAUCCAUAGACAGAUGCAGCUGGAAAGUAAACAGAAUGGAUUGCCAGCUACCCAUAUGCCUGUCCAGUUCCCUUUUUAUUUGCAGAAUCCGUGCAUUUGUUCACAAGUGGGAAGUUCACAGGAGUAAAACCUCUUGGGUAGAUGAACUCUCCCCUGCUGCAGAGGGGCAAGAACUGUUAUGUGGCCCCAAGGCAGACUGUUUCAUCGUGAGCAGGCUGUUCUCGUUUUCUUUCCUUCUCUCUUUCUCUCUUUCCAAUAUUUGGAAUUUUGAAGAAGAUGGACAUGUCAUUCCGAGAGCAAUAUUUAAAUUCUCAGGAAUUGACUUACAGUGUUGAGAAUGAAUUCACUUUCAAUCAGUUUUACAUUAGAUGUUGUUUUUAAAGACUAUAAACCACACUGCAAAGAAUCCAAACCACAUGGGAUAACUUAUGAGAUGGUUGAGUGGUAAGCUGUGACUCCUUUGUUGAUCAUUUUGGACGUCAUUGUAAAUAAAGGUUUCUAUUUAAAAUUGAA